CCGGUUGGCCGGACCCCAGCGGCGGGUGUGAGAGUCGGUCAGGAGCCGCUUCCAGGAUACUGAGAUCCGGAGAAGCCGGGGUCAGAGCGGCUCCUCAAGAGUUACUGAUCUAUGAAAUGGCAGAGAAUGGAAAAAAUUGUGACCAGAGACGUGUAGCAAUGAACAAGGAACAAUAUAAUGGAAACUUCACAGACCCUUCUUCAAUGAAUGAAAAGAAGAGGAGGGAUCGGGAAGAGAGGCAGAAUAUUGUCCUGUGGAGACAGCCACUCAUUACCUUGCAGUAUUUUUCUCUGGAAAUCCUAGUAAUCUUGAAGGAAUGGACCUCAAAAUUAUGGCAUCGUCAAAGCAUUGUGGUAUCUUUUUUAUUGCUGCUUGCUGUACUUAUAGCUACGUAUUGUGUUGAAGGAGCACAUCAACAGUAUGUGCAACGUAUAGAGAAACAAUUUCUCUUGUAUGCCUACUGGAUAGGCUUAGGAAUUUUGUCUUCUGUUGGGCUUGGAACAGGGCUGCACACCUUCCUCCUUUAUCUGGGUCCACAUAUAGCUUCAGUUACAUUAGCUGCUUAUGAAUGCAAUUCAGUUAAUUUCCCUGAACCACCUUAUCCUGAUCAAAUUAUUUGUCCAGAUGAAGAGAGCAUUGAAGGAACCAUUUCUUUGUGGAGCAUCAUCUCAAAAGUUAGGAUUGAGGCCUGCAUGUGGGGUAUCGGUACAGCAAUUGGAGAGCUGCCUCCAUAUUUCAUGGCCAGGGCAGCUCGCCUCUCAGGUGCUGAACCAGAUGAUGAAGAGUAUCAGGAAUUCGAAGAAAUGCUGGAACAUGCAGAGACUGCACAAGACUUUGCUUCCCGGGCUAAACUGGCAGUUCAAAACCUAGUACAGAAGGUUGGAUUUUUUGGAAUUUUGGCCUGUGCUUCAAUUCCAAAUCCUCUAUUUGACCUGGCUGGAAUAACAUGUGGACAUUUUCUUGUACCUUUUUGGACUUUCUUUGGUGCAACUCUGAUUGGAAAAGCAAUAAUUAAAAUGCAUAUCCAGAAAAUCUUCGUUAUAAUAACAUUCAGCAAACACAUAGUGGAGCAGAUGGUGGCUUUCAUCGGUGCUGUCCCCGGCAUAGGUCCAUCUCUGCAGAAGCCAUUUCAGGAAUAUCUGGAGGCCCAGCGGCAGAAGCUUCACCACAGAAGUGAGAUGGGCACACCGCAGGGAGAAAACUGGUUGUCCUGGAUGUUUGAGAAGUUGGUCGUUGUAAUGGUGUGUUACUUCAUCCUGUCCAUCAUUAACUCCAUGGCACAAAGUUAUGCCAAACGAAUCCAGCAGCGGUUGAACUCAGAGGAGAAAACCAAAUAAGCAGAAAAAGGUUCUAAUGGCAGAAAUUAGAAAUGAGUUCUGCCUUAAAUUGAGAGGACUCCAAACCAGGAAGGAAAAUACCCUUUUCCACCCUAUAUCAAUUUUAAAAAAAAAUGUUUUGUUUUGUUUUCUGAAAACAGUUUAGUCCAUAUUUUGCACUGACACACUUUUCCUUUGUGUGUUAAGGUAAGGUAUCCACCCUCAAUUCAAUCCAGCUUGUGUUUUAUUCAGGUGGAAUGUGAUGUUCAGCAGCGAACUUAACAGAAACCGGGCUUUUCUUUGUUACUUUCAGAAGGCCCACGUGGUACAAUUAAAGAAUUCCGGACACCAAAAACUAGUUCCUAAGUAUGUUGAGUAUGUCAAGCCUUUUAGGCUUGUCAGAAAUGACUCCUUUGUUUUUCUAAGUCAUUAAAGUGUGUAUAAAUUAUACUAGAUUGGAUAACGGUCUUGCAUGUCUAUCAUGGUAAAAUUUAUUUAAUCCUGCCCAACCCUUCCUCUCCUACCUUAAAAAAAAGGCCAUCUUAUGAUGCAUUGCACACCCUCUUGGGAAACUGAUCUUUAAAUUUUGAGACAGUAUAAGAAAAUUCUGAUUGGUGUCUCACGAAUGAGCUGACACCAUUUUUUAUUCUGUAUAUUUAGAAUGAAGUCAUGAACAAACUUUAUAAAGACAUCUUUGAUCAUUCCAAAAUUGUGUCCGUUUUCUUGAGCGUUUUGAUUUUUUGCUUCCCUUUAGCUACUUCCAACUAAUGGUCGACUUUGCCAGAUCUACCUACAACCAUAAUUUCUUCAACCGUUGUUUAUUUACGUGUAGGAGCCACCACCGAGGCACUUUCUUGUUAACCUGGAAUUGGGGCAGCUUGCUACACAUUCAUGAAAUGGCUCCCUAGGGAUUGACAUAGCGAGGGGUUCGUGAAAACAGGAGAAAUGAAAGUAUACAAAUUAAAGGGCACUGGAGAGAGAAAUAACUCGUUUUUUCAAAAAACCACACUUUCUCCUGUCUGUGUUCGUUUUAGCUCAGCAUGUUCUCUGUUUCUGACAAAAAUUUACUUUUAGAAUGUAACCUAAUUUUCUUUCCUUUCUUCAGUGAGUGUUAUGUUCUUUUGGGAUAUUUCCAGUUGAACUUGGGUGUUUCGUUUUGCCUGGGAGGAAAAUAAACAAUUUCACUUUUUUUCUUUAGGAAAAUCUUUUCUGACAUUAUGUUAAAAGUAGAAUCGGGUUUAAAUCGCAACAGGCCAGAAAUGCCUGAUUGUGUUAUCAAAUCCUGCCUGAAUGUCUACUUAGUUUGCCUACCGUCGUGACAUCUCCAUGGCUGUACCACCUUGUCGGGUAGCUUAUCAGACUGAUGUUGACUGUUGAAUCUCAUGGCAACAGCAGUCGAUGGGCUGUCUGACAUUCUGGUAUCUCUCAUCUGACCAUCCAUAUCAAAUAUUCCCAUUUAAACAUGACCUAGCCUCAUGGUUUAUGACAAAAAAAAAACUCUUGUCCUUAAGUCUAGUGGCACUUUGAAUCUUUUAUGCCAUGAUAUUGCAGCAGUAUCGAGAAGAUUUUAUGGAAAAUUGGGAUGGUCUCCAUGACCACAGCUAAAUAAAAGACAAACAACCUGC